GAAGCACCCGUGACCUCUUACUCUCUUUGUCAUUUGAUUCUCUCUCUCUUUUCUCUUUUCAAUUCCAUGUCACUUUCCACCUAAAACCGAACAAAGUACUAGCUAGCAACAAUCCCUUGUACUUAUAUAUACACAUCCGAACACAACCCAUGUUUAACAUCGCAGUCUCCUUCUGCAUACUUCUUCGCCAAUCUCAUUUAGAUAAGAAAAGAAUGUCGAAAUCUCAUUGUAUUAUCUCUAUCUUCAUUCUUCUUGUCUUCCUUCUUGAUUCUAGUCAGACUGCAGUAGGCCAUACUAAAGGCAUUAGGCCAAGAAAGAAACAUCCAUGGAAGAAUCUACCAACCAUUAAUCAGACUAGAGUUGAAUUCUCAGAAAUGCAAUUCAUGAAGUGGGUUAAAUUUGUUGGUAAAUUAAAGCAUUCAGUUUUUAAGACAGCAAAGAAUAAGCUCUUCCCUUCUUAUACUCUUACAGUUGACAAGAAUCCAGCUUAUGGUGAUUUUACAUCCAUUCAAGAUGCUAUUGAUUCUCUUCCUUUCAUCAAUCUUGUUAGAGUUGUCAUCAGGGUCCAUGCAGGAGUUUACAAAGAGAAAGUUAGUAUACCUCCACUAAAAUCUUUCAUAACAGUAGAAGGAGCAGGAGCAGAUAAAACAAUUAUUCAAUGGGGAGAUACUGCUCAAACACCAGGAGCAAAAGGGCAACCUAUGGGAACCUAUAAUUCUGCUACUUUUGCAGUGAAUUCACCUUAUUUUAUUGCCAAGAACAUUACAUUUAAGAAUACAACACCAGUGCCGCCGCCAGGAGCUAUAGGAAAGCAAGCAGUGGCAUUUAGAAUAUCAGCGGAUACAGCAGUUUUCUUGGGUUGUAAAUUCUUGGGAGCUCAGGAUACAUUAUAUGAUCAUUUGGGUAGGCAUUAUUACAAAGAUUGUUACAUUGAAGGUUCAGUGGAUUUCAUCUUUGGGAAUGGCUUGUCCUUAUUUGAGGGAUGUCACGUGCAUGCAAUAGCACAGUACACUGGAGCACUAACAGCACAAGGAAGAAGCAGCAUACUGGACGACACGGGGUUUUCAUUUGUGAACUGCAAGGUCACGGGCUCAGGAGCACUCUACCUUGGAAGGGCAUGGGGUCCUUUCUCUCGAGUUGUGUUUGCUUAUACUUAUAUGGACAACAUUAUCAUCCCUAAAGGCUGGUAUAAUUGGGGUGACCCUACUCGUGAAAUGACCGUAUUCUAUGGGCAAUAUAAGUGCACAGGACCAGGAGCUAGCUUCGCAGGAAGGGUGUCAUGGUCAAGAGAACUUACUGAUGAAGAAGCUAAGCCUUUUAUUUCACUUAGCUUCAUUGAUGGGUCUGAAUGGAUCAAGAUAUAAACAAACUUAUAGUCAAAAUACAGUUCUCUGGCUUAUCAAAACGUUCAUUAGCAUAUGUAAAAGUCAUAUUAGUGAUAAUUCUGAUUUUGACCCAUCAAUUAUUUCA